AUCAGUUGUGAUUGAGAAGUAUUAUCUUUAGGAUGUUACAAAUUAAACCACUUAGUGCAGAAUUGCAAAAAAUUGCUAUCGAGGAGUUGCAUGAAGUGCCUGCCCGAAUACCCGAAGAUUUAAAAGCUCUCAAAGAAUGGUUAAUUACACAGCCCCAUUUGAAAGCUCGCACCGAUGAUCAGUUCCUUUUACAAUUUCUGCGAGGCACCAAAUAUAGCCUGGAGAAAGCAAAAAGCAAGCUUGACUACUUCUUUACAUUCAAGACUUUACGUGGUGAAUGGUAUGGCAUCACAGAUGUUGAUGACAUCAAUUUUCGCCAACAACAAGAGCAAAACUUAGCUGUUGCCCUUCCCAUGCCACUACAUGGAGUUGGACCACGCAUUAUCUUCGGUAAAUACGCAGAUAAAUACCCACCCACUGUAAGCUUUCCGUACAUAACUGCCACCCAUGAAGUUUUGUUAACAAGUGAUGCAUAUGCGUGCAUCUGCGGUACUGUUUAUGUCAUCGAUUUUAGUAAUACGAAUCUUGCUAAUAUGGGACAUUUUACGGUAUCCUUUAUCACGACGUCAAUAAAGUUCUUUAUUGAAGCCUUUCCGCUCCGCAAUAAGAAAUUGUAUGCCAUAAACAUACCAAAGGGAAUUCUUGCCUUUUUAAAAAUGUUCGACAAAUUCAUACCGGAGAAAUAUUUAAAAAAAAUUCAUUUAUGCGGUACUGAUCUAACCGAACUGGAGGAAUAUUUACCCCGAAAAUACCUCCCCGUUGAAUAUGGCGGUGAAAACGGUUCUUUGGAGCAACUAUGCAAAGACUACAACAAGGUCUGGGAUGAAUACAGAGAAUAUUUUAAGGAGAAUGCCCAAUACGGUACAGACGAACGUCUGCGUGUGGGCAAGAAAAUCGAGUUGGAUGGUGAUCUGGGCAUUAAUGGCUCAUUUAGAAAAUUGGAUGUUGAUUAAUAUUAUUUGUAGUUGUUAUAAUAAAUAUUUAUAAUGUGGGUGAUUUGUUCUUACAUAAAUAUAUUUAUAGAGGGUUUUGU